UUCUUCAUUAGGCAAUGGUAAAUUCGUGAUAAGUUUUAUAGAGUGCAUCUAUUCGUUUCGGCGUCUCACUAUUUAUGGUCGUUAAGUCGUUAAGGUCAUAAUUAUUUGAAUCGUUUAGCUAUCGGUUAGAUACUGCGGUAGUUUAUGAGGAUUCACACUAUCUUAGGAAGUUGUUAGCUGCUCAUUAACUGUAGUAUAUCAUAAGUGAUGGCUUUAGACGAACGUUUAAUUUUGCAUGGGUUGCAAUAAGAGCGAUAUCACAGGUGAAUAGGUGUACAAGUGUAUUGCUGCGAGCUUAAGUACAUAGACAAACAUAUACAGCAACUUUCAUUCUUAGUUAAUCUUUUUCAUAUCACCGACUUCAACUGAUCAUAGGUGGUAUGAAAAUUAGACCGUAAAUUGGAGCUACGUCUAAAGACAGCACCGCACAGUUAGCUGACAGCUCGCUGAGUGCAGAUGGUAGCACAUUAGAAAUAUAUAAGCAAAUUUUGCAAACGCACAGUAAGAAUAAGUUAACUGAACGAAAACGAGAAAUGAAGCAAACUCUUAGCUGAGCACUGAAAUUUGAAAUUCCUGCUAAAACUCAGCGAGUUGUGGAAUAGCGUUGAAAGCAGUGAACAAUUUUGAAUUUUGCUUCGAUCUUUAUUGGGCAAGUAAGAAGAAAGUAACUCGGUGCCGAACGAUGACGGAAGGAAAUCAAUCGAAAUACCAGUACUUGGCUGGAAUAAGUGCAAAUAUUAUGACGAUAUCAUAUGGCGGGUUCAGUGGCUGGCCAUCUGCCAGCUUCUUGGAACUGCAAUCCAAGGAUAGUCCGCUCGAGACUGGGCCUAUGUCGAGUUCGGACGUUGGUUGGGUGGGUUCAAUAAUUUGCGUCGGAGGUGUUCUAGGUACGAUAUUUUACUCCUGGUUUGCCGAUAGCUAUGGGCGCAAAAAGUGCAUGCUGUUGGUGGCGCUACCCUCAUUGAUCGGUUGGUGGAUUAUACCCUUUGCUACCACACCAACUCAUCUUUGCAUUGCACGUGUCUUCGGUGGUUUUGCUGGAGGUGGCAUAUUUACUGUUCUACCCAUCUAUACUGCCGAAUUGGCGCAGGAUCAUGUUCGCGGUAUUUUGGGGACAGUGCUUGUGUUAACAUUUAACUUCGGCAUACUCUGUGCAUUCGUUUUGGGCAACUUUUUUACCUAUGAUAAGGUGGCUUGGAUCCUUUCAUCGCUGAGCGUUGUGUUUCUGCUAUGCUUUCCUUUUUUGAAAGAAACUCCUCAACACCUUUUAAAUAAAAAUAAAAUCAAGAAAGCUGAGAAAUCAUUGAAAUACUUUCGUAAUAUACGAGCACUGUCACACGAGUGGCCCGAAGACUUCAAAUUUGAGUUUGAAAAACUGAAGGCAGAUGUUAAACAGAGCGACGACAACGGCGAAAAUAAUUCGAUAACCUGGAAAGAUAUAAAUAAUCCAACAACACGUAAAGCAUUCUUGAUUGGUAUCGGCAUUAUGACUCUGAUGUCAUUUUCUGGUUGUUUUGCUAUGCUUAACUAUGCUGCCAACAUUUUUAAAGAGUCUGGCUCAAGUCUUUCGCCCACAUUGUCUGCAAUAAUCGUAGGCGGACUUCAAUGGAUCGGUUCCUAUAUGUCAACGCUUUUGGUGGAACGCGCUGGUAGGAAGUCUUUAAUGCUAAUUUCAACCACUGGCGUUGCCUUGGGUCACAUUAUAUUCGGUGUGUACUCUUAUCUCAAUGUGCUCGGCUAUGAUGUUCGUGGGUUCUCUUGGUUGUCAACCUUUAGCUUCUCAUUUACAAUAUUCAUAUCGAGCUUGGGCUUGUUAGGGCUACCCUACUUGAUUAUAGCGGAAAUAAUGCCACCGAAACUGCGCAGCAUUGGCUCCAUGAUCUGCAUGAUUCAGCUGUGGAUUACCACUUUAAUUGUACUAAAGUGUUUACCGUUAAUGAUCGAAGUGAUGGGAAUGCACGGUAUGGUCUUUGUAUUUGCCGGUAUAAGCAUUGUUGGCAUCAUAUGCGUCUAUCUGUUUAUACCCGAAACCAAAGGCAAAACCAUCGAGGAAAUCCUGGAGAGUUUAUAGUAUUAAUGCGAUGAGGAAGAGUAACGCUACAGUAGUAGUAUUGUUUAUUUGUUAUUAAUUGAUGUUCCUAAGUUGUUGUUAUUUGAACAAAAUUAUAUGUGGGCGUGGUUUGUCAAGUAUUUGAGACCAUAUUUAUCUAAGGCAUUAUAGAAAUGUCACUCAAAUGGACUGCGAUAUAAACUAGUGUAAAUUGGGAGAUUAUUUGUUUUUGUCAUACAAUGUAUAUAUUUCAAUAUACGAUAAUAGACUGGGGUUUGACUAAGCCCUUGAUGGUAUAAA